UGGGGUAAAAUACGUCUAGCACUAGCAACAUCUUAGUACACCGCACUAGCGCCGCGUCCAUCGGCAAUGAGUGGUGGCGCGGACUCUAGUAAAUGUGGGAUUGUUGUCAAAAUUUAAAGAGACGCAUCUCCGGCAGCUGAAAUCACUUGGCGGUGUUCCAAUAAAGGUCCCCUAUGACUCCUACAUAAUCAGUAUCAUCAAAUUCGGGCCACUGAUUUCUAAACCCCGCAUUGUUGUUAACAAUUCGCAUUAUAUCCGUAUAGACCGUAUAUGAUUUGUUUAUUGUUUAAACGUUCGAAAAGAAACGUCAAUGCACGCUGUAAACAUUAAAGUUGACAAAUAUAGGCAAAAUGGAUUAUACUGAUUUAGAAAAUGAAGCAUCACAAACAGUGGUAAAAUUUUUGGAAGCUAAUGUCCCCAGAUCCGAUAUAGUUAACAUACGAACUGAACUUAAAAAGGACUUUUUACUUGGUAAGACUAAAUCCAGGGAUCGUAAACUCAAGUUAAGAAAACGAAGAACGAGAUUAUUAACACGAAAAGAAAAGAAGAAUUUGGGUUUCUAUCUUAUUCCAAGAGGAAGUAUUAAAUAUAUUGAUAUUGAACCUCUACAUAAAAUUUGGGUAGAUUAUGUUAGCCAAAUUCUUGAACUAGAUAAAUAUGUCCCAGAUGUAACAAGCAAACAAUGGGAGCAAUUUACACAAACGCUAUAUAAAGCAGACUUUAAUGGAAGCAUGUUGGAAGUUGUCCGUUCAAAGUGUCCUAGCUACGUUGGUAAAAAAGGUAUCUGCAUUAUGGAUACAAAGAAUACCUUUAAAAUUGUAUCAAUUAAUGAUUUAGUCACAACUAUACCAAAAAAAGAAAGCAUAUUCAAUGUGUACAUAAAAAAUUUGAAACUUAUAGUAUUUGGAAAACAUUUUUGUAUCAGACCAGCAGAAAGAUCCAGUAAAAAGUUUAAAACUAUACUUCAUCCAGAUUUAUAAGUAAGGAUUUUGUAAACUUCUUUCUGAUUUUAUUUUGUUGACAAAUUUUGCAGAAGAGAAAUAAAAAAAUGUUUU